GAAUGACCGGAGCCGCCCCAGCCUCGGCCCGAGCUGUCUUUUCCGUAAUCAUGACUUCGGGCUGCGCGGGCCUCGCCGCCGCCGCCCGCCUCCUGGCGCGCCCCUUCCUCCUGCAGCAGAGUGGAGUCCGGCGUUGCACUUACGUGGCCUCGAGGCAAAACCUCUACAUUGAUAAAAACACAAAGGUUAUUUGCCAAGGUUUCACUGGCAAGCAGGGCACCUUUCACAGCCAGCAGGCAUUGGAGUAUGGCACGAAACUGGUCGGAGGAACAACGCCGGGGAAAGGAGGCAAGACGCACUUGGGCUUGCCUGUCUUUAAUACUGUGAAGGAGGCCAAAGAACAAACCGGAGCCACGGCUUCCAUGAUUUACGUGCCUCCUCCGUUUGCUGCCGCUGCGGUGAAAGAAGCUGUGGAAGCCGAGAUGCCCCUUGUCGUGUGCAUCACUGAAGGGAUCCCGCAGCAAGACAUGGUGCGGGUUAAACACGCCCUUCUCCGGCAGGGGAAGACGAGGCUCGUGGGACCCAAUUGCCCUGGAGUCAUCAAUCCUGGAGAAUGCAAAAUCGGCAUCAUGCCUGGCCACAUUCACAAGAAAGGAAGAAUUGGUAUCGUGUCUAGAUCUGGCACCCUCACCUAUGAAGCAGUUCAUCAAACAACCCAAGUCGGCCUGGGCCAGUCGCUGUGUAUCGGGAUCGGUGGAGAUCCCUUUAAUGGAACAGACUUUAUCGACUGCCUUGAAGUCUUCCUGAAAGACCCAGGCACAGAAGGUAUCAUCCUGAUUGGUGAGAUUGGUGGCAAUGCCGAAGAAAACGCAGCAACCUUCUUGAAACAACACAAUACAGGUCCAAAAGCCAAGCCUGUAGUGUCCUUCAUUGCCGGCUUGACUGCUCCUCCAGGAAGGAGAAUGGGUCAUGCUGGGGCCAUCAUUGCCGGGGGGAAAGGCGGAGCGAAGGAGAAGAUCGCUGCCCUCCAGAGCGCAGGAGUGGUUGUCAGUAUGUCCCCUGCCCAGCUGGGCAGCACCAUGUACAAAGAGUUUGAGAAGAGGAAGAUGUUAUGAAAGAGAGAGAAAAGCCUUGCAAUGAAUCACUGCAGAAAUGUGAACCAGCAGCUGCCAGCAUCCGCCAGGCUCUUGCCCACUAAGUGUCUGCCUCCUGUACACGCCUGCCUGAUGCCGGCCUUCCAGUCCAGCAGGACGUGAUAUGUAAUGUUUGGGAUGUCCCACAUUCAGAUGUGUUUACUUAAUCGUACAUCAUAGUCAAACAAUAAAUCUUUUGUUCGAUUUGAA